CCAUCCCUUACAGAGACUGUGAGACCCCUCUGGAGCUGUGUCUGUGUCCCGGCUCCAAUGCCUGCAUUCCCACUGCUCCCAGCUCUCCCUCUUUGCUGACUGGUUUCUAGGUCUGCCUCAUAUCCGAGUUUUCAUCCUUUAAGUGUAGCUGUGUCACCUUAGGGCAAAUGGAAUCUCACUGGAGGAGUGGGAAAUCAGAUGGAUACAGCAAAAACUCUGCUACCUUUGAAGAAGUCAUGAAGGUCAGCAUGAACUCUGUGUUUAAGUGAGAAAAGGCCUCCAGAAGAAAAAGAUGGCAUUAUCUACUUGGAUGUUUUUGCUUCCAUGGAGUGGAAAUAAGAGAGCUCAAGGUCUGGGUAAGAGGCAUCCAUCCCACCCCUUCCCUGCCCCACCAGCUCUGUGGUUCUGUGCUUGCUCUGCCAUGUAACCCUGCCUCUCACUUCAUCUGCUUGUUAAAAGCUUUUCCCCAAUUUUUCCAAUGUUGCCACCUCCACUCAUCUGUCUCAUUGCUUUCUCCAAGGGACAGGUUUUACCCUGUCUUCCUUUCUCAAAGAAAGAUCUUUCUCUGCACUUUUUGGCCUCAGCUUCUGGAAUUCUGUGGUUUUUGCUGUGUGCCCAAGUGUAUUAAAAAGGAGUAAAUAUUCCGUAUGAAGAAGAGGAAUGACUUGCUGCAAUGGACUACAGACAAAAAGGAAGCAGCGAGGAAAGAAUCCCGGGCAGGAAGGGCAGAAAAGAGGAAGAAAGGAGAGCAGGAAGGGCAGGAGAGGAGGAAGACAGAGAGGGAGAGGUGAGGAGGCUGCAUUCGGCACUGAGCAGCAGAGAAGGCGACACCAGAGGCUUCCGAUGUCCUCCUCGACUUCCAGCAGCACCCUGCCCAGCGGCCUGGCCGUGCUGAGCACCUUCCCAGAUGUGCUCUUCAUCCCUGAAAUCAUCUUUGGGGGCCUUGUGUGGAUCCUGGUGGCAUCCUCGAAGGUCCCAGAGCCCAUGCUGCAGGGCUGGGUGAUGUUUGUCUCCGUGUUCUGCUUCGUCAUGUCCAUCUCCCUGCUGUGCCUCUACGUCUGCGGGGCUCACGGCGGCGGCGGCUGCUGGGUCACCUUGGAUGUGCUCUGCCACGGGACAGCAGCGCUGUUCUACCUCAGCGCCGCGGUGCUGGAAGCCUACAAGACCUACACCCUUAGGUUCUCGUCCCCGGGGCAGGAGUACAGGGAGAACAUCGCUGCCGUGGUGUUUGCCUUCGUGGCCACCCUGCUGUACGUGAUCCACCAGGUGUUCUCGCUCCUGCGCUGGAAAUCGUCCUGACAGCCUGACCUGCCCCCGGGACAACUGCUGCCCUCUCCAGCCUGGGUUUGGGGUUUGUUUUUUAAUGUAUAGCCUAGAAGCAAGCAGCUUUUUAUGUGGGAUCUUGGUGAUGAAGACAAGGAGCCUGCCAGAAAAAGGAAUAUCCUGGCACAAUCUGUUUCCCUUCAAUAUCUUACAGGCUGGGUACAGUUUGAUGCUGGGGCCAAAACGAAAAAAAAAAAACCAAAAAAAAACCAAAAACAAAACAAAAAAAACCAUCCAGCUUUAAAAAUCAUAGUAUAGUUGGGUUCAAAGGGCUAAAAUAUCCCUGGACUGCACCUUUAUGUGUCCAGGGUUGUUACUGGUAUCAGGGGAAAAGUGAACAACAAACACCAAGGAGCACAAAUGUGAAACUGUGUCAUUCCAAUUGCUCUGUGCCCAUUUAAGUCUGUUUCCCCGCUAAAACUGCUGUACAAAUUAAUAUUUUCAUGCAGCUUCUGCAAAUGCCUUCUCUGACUUGCAAUGAGCAAUGGGAACAAUGUUUAACUCUGCUCAGGAGCAAUGCGGACCACUGCAGCUCCUGAAGGGUGCUGCUGAAUUCUGAGGCACAGCUGUAAGGCCAGGAGUUCCCACUGCCCUGGACCCCUACAAAGCAGAACCUGGAAGGGGCCCAGUGGGCUGGAGAAUGCUCUGGGUGGCAGAAACAAAUCCUCAGGAAGCAGAGGCAAUCAACUCCUGCAUUUGGUGAAUGGCUACUCUCUCACACUGCCACGGGGUCACUAAUAAAGAUGGGUUUGCUGUGA